AUGGAUAGAAUAUUUUUUAUAUGUUAUUUAAUUAUACAUUUAUGUGCAGCAUUUGGUUUAUUAAUACCACGUUCAUCUGAAUAUAAUGUUGUCGAAUUUCUACGUGAAUAUCGAUUAAAAAAUUAUAAUUCAACAUUUUUUGAAAAUGAAACAAUUACAAUAAAUAAUUAUCAAAUUAAAACAACUGAAUUACCUAAUAAUAAUAAUAAUAAUAAUAAUCAAUUUAUUGAUAAAAUAGAAAUCAAUAAACAAUUAAAUAACGUAGAUACUAAAAAAUCGAUAAAUUCAGAUAUAAUUAAUAAUGAAAAAACCAUUUUAAUUAAUGAAAAUAAACAUAAAUAUGAUAUGACAAAUUCAUUAGAUAAUAUGAAUAAUUAUUUAUCACCUUAUCAACGAUUAGUUGAUCAACAAUCAAAUAUAUUAAAACAAUAUACUGAAGAAAAUAUUAUUGAUAAUGAUCUAAUUUUACGUAAAUCAGAUCAAUUAAAAAAUCAAUUAAACAAAAGAACUAAUGAUCAUGAAUUAAAAAAUUCUAAUUGA